AUGAAGAUCUUCGCCGUCUGUGCUUUCCUGCUACUCGCUCUGGCUGCCGUCCAGGCAAAUAGUACUCCUGAAAUAAAGUCUAUUUCACCCAAGGACCUUAAGAAGACGGCAGGAUAA